AUGCAGACUCCGCUGGCCACUCCUGUGCCUGUGCUCCGGCUCCCCCGGGGUCCUGACAGCUUGAACCGAGGCUUUGCCCCCGAUGGACACAGAGCCCCCCUGAAACCCGAAGUCCCUGAAGUCCUGGAGCCUCCAGAGUCUCGGGAAUCCCAGGAACAGCAGGCUCGAGCCUCCCUGCGGGAGCGCUACCUCCGCAGCCUGCUGGCCAUGGUGGGGCGCCAGGUGUGCUUCACUCUGCACGAGGGCGUGCAGGUGAUCGCCCACUUCGGAGCCACUGACCUGGAUGUGGCCAACUUCUACGUGUCGCAGCUGCAGACUCCAAUAGGCGUGCAGGCUGAAGCACUGCUCCGGUGUAAUGACAUUAUCUCAUACACCUUCAGGCCAUAA